GACCGGGCCAUGGAGCGCGAAGUCCAGCGAGUCCGCCAGGCGUUCCUGUCCGGCCGGUCGCGACCCUUGCGGUUCCGGCUGCAGCAGCUGGAGGCCCUGCGGAGGAUGGUGCAGGAGCGCGAGAAGGACAUCCUCGCGGCCAUCUGCUCCGAUCUGUGCAAGAGCGAAUUCAAUGCAUACAGUCAGGAAGUCAUUUCUGUCCUUGGGGAAAUUGAUUUUAUGCUUGAAAAUCUUCCUGAAUGGGUUACUGCUAAACCAGUUAAGAAGAACCUGCUCACCAUGCUGGAUGAGGCCUAUCUCCAGCCACAGCCUCUAGGAGUGGUGCUGAUAAUUGGAGCUUGGAACUACCCCUUUCUUCUCAUCAUUCAGCCACUGAUAGGAGCCAUUGCUGCAGGAAAUGCUGUGAUUAUCAAGCCUUCUGAACUGAGUGAAAAUACAGCCACGAUCUUGGCUAAGCUUCUGCCUCAGUAUUUAGACCAGGACCUCUAUAUUGUUAUUAAUGGUGGUGUUGAGGAAACCACGGAGCUCCUGAAGCAGCGAUUUGACCACAUUCUCUAUACGGGAAACACUACAGUUGGGAAAAUUGUCAUGGAAGCUGCUGCCAAGCAUCUGACCCCUGUGACUCUUGAACUGGGAGGGAAAAGUCCAUGUUAUAUUGAUAAAGAUUGUGACCUGGACAUUGUUUGCAGACGCAUAACCUGGGGAAAAUACAUGAAUUGUGGCCAAACGUGCAUUGCCCCCGACUACAUUCUCUGUGAAGCAUCCCUCCAGAAUCAAAUUGUGCAGAAGAUUAAAGAAACGGUGAAGGAAUUUUAUGGAGAAAAUGUAAAAGAGUCUCCUGAUUAUGAAAGGAUCAUCAAUCGUCGUCAUUUUAAGAGGAUUCUAAGUUUGCUUGAAGGACAAAAGAUAGCUUUUGGUGGGGAGACGGAUGAGGCCACACGCUACAUAGCCCCAACAGUACUUACUGAUGUUGAUCCUAAAACCAAGGUGAUGCAAGAAGAAAUUUUUGGACCAGUUCUUCCAAUAGUGCCUGUGAACAAUGUAGAUGAGGCCAUAAAUUUCAUAAAUGAACGUGAAAAGCCUCUGGCUCUCUACGUAUUUUCACAUAACAAUAAGCUCAUCAAACGGAUGAUUGAUGAGACGUCCAGUGGGGGUGUCACAGGCAAUGACGUCAUCAUGCACUUCAUGCUCAACUCUUUCCCCUUUGGAGGAGUGGGUUCCAGUGGAAUGGGAGCUUAUCAUGGAAAACAUACUUUCGAUACUUUUUCUCAUCAGCGUCCCUGUUUAUUAAAAAGUUUAAAGAGAGAAGGUGCUAACAAACUCAGAUAUCCUCCCAACAGCCAGUCAAAGGUGGACUGGGGAAAAUUUUUUCUCUUGAAACGGUUCAACAAAGAAAAACUCGGUCUCCUGUUGCUCACUUUCCUGGGUAUUGUAGCAGCUGUGCUUGUCAAGGGAUGGCCUGUGACUCCCCCCUCAUCCUGCCCCAGGACCAGCAGGGCAGUGGGAACCAAGAGAGGCGUGGAAGGAUUACACCAGUCCCCUGGCCCAAGCCUGGAUCAGGCUUGCGAGUGUGGGUUCAGCCCAGGAGAAGAACUGAUGCCAGUUGCCGCGUCCGCCACGGUUCUCUGAUGGAAAUGAUAGACACGAACUAGGAUCAUGGCAGCAGGACCUCCCCACGUACCGUGGGCAUCUCAGCACGGAGCUGGAGCAGAAGACGGACAUUCGAUGGUGCCAGUGCAAGCUGCGUACAGGAGAGGGAACAGCCUCCACUUCUAGGUGGCCGCGGCCGAGAGGCCAUGCCUUCUCUAGCCAGCACCUGCCUCUUCCUCUUCUCUAUUCCCCCCUCUCCAUUGUCUCCUCUCCUCUCUCCUGUGCCACCCACUGUCCACACUUGGCCCCAAGCACGGGCGAGCAGAUAAAGCCCCCUGAGGUCAGUGGUGAGAGGACUUACGCUUAUCCAGGAAGGAGGACCCAAAGCUACAAAAUCCUGCGAAUGGCAGGAGGCGGGGGAGGGGAAAGGAGUGGAGAGUCCUGGGAAGCCCCCAGCACACACCCUGGGACUGGGGAGGCUCCGAGCCAGCGAGAGGAAGCUUGACCCAGGGGGCGCUGGCCCACCAACCCCAUCAACCUCGCUGAGGCAGAGCCUCGAGGCAUGUGGGAGUGCCAGGAAGUCCCCUUCACUUGAGGGCUCAGCUCCUGCAGGCUUAGGGCCUGCUGGGGGCAAGGGCCAGGUCCUCGGGCCCUGCCUUCAUGAGAGUAAUUUCCUGGAGUCUGCCCAAGUACAGUCUGGGUCCAGGGCCCCUGUGAACCUUUCCUCACUCGGUUCCACCUCACUGGGCCGGAAGGCGCUGCAUUUGCUCUUUGGCUCCCAGAGACGUGUACAGCCAGGCCAGGGACCAAUGUCCUUUCCUCCAACCCUUCUCCACUGCCUCGUGACUGCAGAACACCCAUUCCUCCCCUGGGAGGAUGGGGACUCUGGCUUGCUGAUGGCUCAGCCCCACAUUCAGGGCAAAGGACAGUUGGGGGGGGAACUAAGCUAUCCCCCUGCCUCGUCUCCUCCCCCCACCGGACGGUGACCAAUACCUGCUAAAUCGCUGAGGUUCCCCUCCCUCCCCGACUCCUCCUCAAUCCGCUCGUAGAUUUUGGCAGCUGCCUCUCUCUACCUCCGCCUGGUAGUCCCUCCCUCCACCCCUCACCCCUUCCUGUUCUCCUCUCUCCCUACUCUCAUAAGGUCUCCCUGGCACCUUCCAGGCCCAGGUAUUUCACCCCCAGAAAUGACCAGGGCAGUCCCUGAGCUGACGUCAGCACUCCCAGUCCUUCAGGUGAGGGGAGAGACGGGGGCAGCUGGCAAAGCCCUUGGCAGUGGCGGCAAGACCCCCAGACGUCACUGCCAAGUGCUAGAAGAUGGCGAGCCUUUCCAUCGGGAGAAAAGGUAUGAGAAAUAAAAGUAAACGUUGCUCAUCGAUAAAACGAAAUGAGCCACCAAGGCACAAGAAGACGCGGAGCCACCGCAAACGCAUAUGGCUUGGCUAGUUGGAAGAAGCCAGCCUGAAAAGGCUGCAUGCUGUGCAACUCCAACUCUUUGCCAUUCUGCAAAAGGCAAAACUAUAGAAACAGCAAGAUCAGCGGUUGCUGCGGAGGUUCGGGAUGAACGGGCGAAGCUCAGAGGAAUUUUAGGGCCGAGAAAGUAUUCUGUAGGAUCCCGUAAUGGUGGAUUCAUGGCAUUAUUUCUGCAAACCCAUAGGAUGUACAACACUGCCAGUGAACUCUAAUGUAAACGAUGGACUUUAGUUCAUAAUACUGCAUCAAUAUUGGUUAAUCAGUGGUAACAAACGCACCAUUCUCAUGCAAGAUGUCAGUAGGGGAAACUGGUGGGGAGGUGGGGGUGGAGGUAGCGAGGUCACCGCAAACUCUGUUCUUUCUGUGCAGUUCUGUAAAUCUAGAACUGCUGUAGGACAGAAAGUCUAUUUUUAAAAUGGUACACAAAAUAGUAACAACGGGCAUUUCUUGAGGUCUCUACA